AUGUCGUCUAUUUCGCGCUCUUCCCUGUCGUUUGACCCUGUUGUGGAUUUAUCGUCUUCAUUGAAUAAACCACCGCGUGUCAAAUACCGUCUUAACAGUUCUGAUUCAUCAUGUACACCUCGAACGCCCAAAAAUACCAGCUCUGAGAAACCUUGUUCGAUUGCAGCAAUAACUGAGGGGCGUGGAUGUUUCAAGGGAAGUGUUGGAUUAGCUAUUAUGGAUCUCCGUCAAGCCGACAUUGAACUAAGCGAAUUCAUGGACUCGUCGACCCUGUCACGACUGAAAACCAAGUUGCUAAUAGCUGAUCCCGUUGAGAUUGUAAUAGCUGAGAACUUUUACGAGAAGUCGACGAGUGCAGUUCUGGUAGAAAUGAUACGUUCCUCGCUACCAAACGCAACUGUGACAAGCGUUCACAGAAGGUUCUUCAAUCACCAACGCGGUGCCGAACUGGUGACGCAAUUGGCAAACGCUGAAAUAUCAAACUGCGAUAACGUAGUCUUGGAAAAGCAAUUUUGUAUGCAGAGCUGCUCUGCGCUCAUAAAGUACGUGGAGCACAUCCAAAAUAUAGUAUUCGCCUCAAAAACUCUUCAUUUUGUUUACCGUGACAUUGAGAAACUGUGUCUCCUUGACGCUGGUUCAUGGAAAAAUCUCGAGAUAGAUAACAAUCAUCCCAGGAAGGAGCGGAAAUCAUUACUUGCGAUCGUUGAUGAAACUCAAACUUCGGCAGGUGCACGUCUUCUUCGAUCUAAUCUUCUUCAACCCUCUGGUGAUCAAGUAGUUAUUGAUGGAAGAUUGGAUGCUGUUGAAGAACUGACAGACAAUCCUCAUCUUGUGGAGAAGUUACGCCAAGUUAUGGGCUCCACGUACGACUUGGGCAAUUUGUUCAAUGUGUUCAUUGAAUCACCUCGAGAGCCAACUGUCCAAAGUGCCGACUUUACUUUGACGCAGCUGUUGGCUGAUGAACGAAUCGAUAGAAUCAAGGAAAUAUUGUACGACCGAUUUCAAGAUGAGGCCGUGUUUAGCAGCAAAAAAAGCUCUCUUAAUGUGCGACACCGGAAAUGUUAUGCAAUCAAGGAAGGAAUCUCUGUUAAUUUGGAUGUUGCCAGGCGAGCAUAUGAAGAACUGCUUCGUGAUAUACAGACUCAAGGAAAGCCAUGUCUCCUGAUUUCCCCAUUCCAAUUUUCCCUGGUCCAAACUAUUUACGAUAGGAUAGAACAAUCUAUAUCAGAAGUGCUGAUUGCUACGGAUGCUGUCGUUCAGGGUGCUGUAAAAGAGUUUGGUAACAGUGCCUGUGUGGCAAAUAACUUUCAGAUUCGUCCUCUGAUUGCUGUUCUUUACCAUAUCAUGGAUUCUAUUGCAACGAUUGAUGUACUAUGCAGUUUUGCAGUCUAUGCUAGCAAUAGAGCUACUGUUCGUCCUCGAUUUGGAUGCAGUGUUAUAAUAAAUGAAGGCAGGCAUCCACUGCUCGAUUAUACUGCGCCAGAUAGGUACCUCACAAUGGACUCGCGGGUCGCCAUCAUCACAGGACCAAACAUGACGGGAAAGUCCACGUACCUGAAACAAGUGUGUCAGCUGUGUAUUUUAGCCCAGAGCGGUUGCUUCAUUCCUGCUAAAAUUGCUAUUCUUCCCGUCUUUCUGCGGAUCUCUUCACGUGUAGGUCACAAUGACAACCUAACCAAAAAUCUUUCUGCAUUCGCCGUUGAAAUGGACGAGAUGGCUUUGAUACUGCAGUAUUCUGAUAACCGCACUCUCCUUGUGAUAGACGAAUUGGCCCGAAGUACGUCUACAGAGGAAGGUAUUGGUAUAUGUUACGCAAUCAUCGAGAAGCUCAUUAAACAAAAGACCUACACGAUUUUUGCUACACACUUCCUCGAUCUCGCAGCUAUGGACGUUAGCUAUUCUGCUGUCGAAAACUUUCAUUUUCCAUCUCAAGUCACUUACAUCAAUGGUCAGGAACAGCUUUCUAUUGUUCACAAAUUACAUAGAGGACCUUACAACGGACCUUUAUACGGUUUCGAGCUCGUAGAAUUGUCUACGUUUCCAGAAGAGGUGACUGAAUCAGCUCGUAAAUUAGGCCAGUACUUGCAUGAAGAAGCUGCUGACAAAAGGGCAAUGAGUGCUGACACCCUGGUUCAUCGUACAUUGGUUCGAAGCGCUCAUCGCUUACGCCAAGUUGUAGCGUCCAGAAAUGUUGUUUCGGAAGAGUGUUUAAAAAAGUAG